GAGAGAGCAGCACCUCUCUAACAGGAUCCAGCCAGGUCAGGUCACCUUUGUAUAGAGGAAAACACUGACAUCCUAUUUCUUAGAUAAUGUAAACAAAUAUAUGCCUACAUUUUUGGUAAAUUGUGGAAGUUUAGCCAAACAAAAUUUGAGCGUCUCUGCGAAAGAGAAUUGCGCAUUGUGCGCGCACCACGGGUAUUUACUUGUGCGCUAGUUUACACGCGGAUUGGGAAUGAAGGUGAUGUCUUAUUGGUUGUUGAUGCUGGAUCUCAGACAACGAGACACCGAAUUUCUUACCGGUCUGGUUUGAAACAGGAGUUCUGUUAUCUGGCGGAGGCGCACCGGUGCAUCGCAUCUAAGCCUCUUGAUGACUCCAAAAUCAGAAGUUCUUCGCAAAAGCUGAUUGGCGUCCCAAGAUGGCAACCCAGGGUCCCAUGUGGAACAUGUCAACCUUCGGCAUCUUAAAUCGGUCUGAAAUCACCAACGUCACCCUAAACACCAGUGAAAGCUUUCUCUCCGAGGAUGAAAGCACCAAAGUCAUGGCCGUGAUAUACCUCGUUGUGUUUGUCCUGGGUUUGACGGGAAACUCUUUAGCUAUAUUCGUGGUUCUGCGUAACACUAAAAUGAAGACGGUCACAAACAUGUACAUUUUAAAUUUAGCGGUAGCCGAUGAGCUGUACAUCCUGGGACUUCCGUUUCUCACAACCCACAAUGUGCUCUCCUAUUGGCCGUUCGGCAACUUUCUGUGCCGUAUCGUGAUGUGGGCAGACUCCAUCAGUCAAUUCACCAGCACAUUCUGUCUGACAGUAAUGAGCAUUGAUCGCUACAUGGCCGUGGUGCAUCCCAUCCGCAGCGCCAGGUGGAGGCGACCCAGCGUUGCCAAGGUGAUAAAUAGCAUGGUGUGGGGGCUAUCUUGUGUUCUGACGCUGCCGGUCAUUAUUUACUCUGACGUUCAGCCCGAUCUGAACACCUGCAACAUGAGCUGGCCCGAACCGCGUGACGUGUGGUCCACCGCCUUCAUCCUCUACACUGCCGUCUUGGGCUUCUUCUGCCCUUUGCUGGUCAUCUCGCUUUGUUACCUGCUCAUCGUGGUGAAGGUGAAGUCGGCCGGGGCGCGGGCCGGGCUCUCCAAACGUCGCAGAUCAGAGAGGAAGGUCACGAGGAUGGUAGUGAUCAUAGUAGUGGUGUUCGUCCUGUGCUGGUUGCCAUUUUUCAUCCUCAACAUCAUCAACCUGAUCCAGACUCUGCCGGAGAACAACCUCGUCACUGGCGUCUACUUCCUCGCCGUCAUCUUGACCUACGUCAACAGCUGUGCCAAUCCGCUUCUCUAUGGGUUCCUGUCUGAUAACUUCAAACAGAGCUUCCAGAAGGUGCUCUGCAUCAACAGGGUCAGCGGGGGGGGCGACGGUCGCCUGGGUCACUCGCACCUGAACAGGAGCCGUCAGAAUGACAGGUUCUCCUCUCAAAGAAGCUCUGAAUACAAUGAGCAAAUGCAGAGCUAUCAAACAAUUGGUUUGGAGGCCGGGCGCUGUGACAAAACGGAAAACCACCAACCCGAACCACAGGCGCUCAGCCAGUCCAUUUAAGAGCUGCAUCAUGUGUGUGGGAAAUCUGAGGGAUGGAUGCUUAGAACUGUCUUGUUUGGUACGAGCGUGCAUCUGGACAUUCCUCCAUAUAUGGAGUCCAGCGAAGAAAGAAGUCAUUCUCAACCUCUGGACCAAGAGAGGUUGGUAGCUGUUACAGAAAACAUUUAGUUGGAUCUUUGACAAUUGGUGGUGGUUUAACAUUCCUGUUAGAUUCUCAAUGUCUCCAGAAUUCCCUGUGGAUAAAUCUGAGGAUAUAUGAGAAAAUACGCAUCACUUUAAUUUACGUGUCACAUCGGAUCCAGUUCUGCAGGAGAUGACAGAUAAUGUUUCAUUGCAAUGACUUCACACAUUAAUCACGAUCUAGACGUCUGGAUGGAUGGUUGCGUUCAGUUUCAAAACCAAACAUGUGUAUCUUCAUGCGUAUUUAUCAUAGAAACAAUUCUGGGUAAGAGUCACAUGUCAACAGUCAGAUGAUUUGCCUUAUAUGUUGAGCUGUGUAUUGUUUAUGAUGUUGUAAUGUUAGGUGUUUUGAAUAGAGAUCUAGUGAAAGGGUGUCAGGGGUUUCUUUACAUAAUGCUCACAGUUCUAUGGGGAUUCAAACACAUUUCAUUAGUCCAUCCUUGUUUGAUGAGACAUUAACAUAUCAUGACUUGUUUUUUACCUUGACUGUUUUCUAACAUGACUGUUUUUCAUGUGUUUUAGUAAAUAUGUAUAUAUUGGA